CCUACCUGGUGAACAUCUGGGUGUGUCAUAUACAUUGUGUAUGUACUGUCAGGUGCCUAUAGGUUGUUACAUGUCUUAUUACCUACCUGGUGAACAUCUGGGUGUGUCAUAUACAUUGUGUAUGUACUGUCAGGUGCCUAUAGGUUGUUACAUGUCUUAUUACCUACCUGGUGAACAUCUGGGUGUGUCAUAUACAUUGUGUAUGUACUGUCAGGUGCCUAUAGGUUGUUACAUGUCUUAUUACCUACCUGGUGAACAUCUGGGUGUGUCAUAUACAUUGUGUAUGUACUGUCAGGUGCCUAUAGGUUGUUACAUGUCUUAUUACCUACCUGGUGAACAUCUGGGUGUGUCAUAUACAUUGUGUAUGUACUGUCAGGUGCCUAUAGGUUGUUACAUGUCUUAUUACCUACCUGGUGAACAUCUGGGUGUGUCAUAUACAUUGUGUAUGUACUGUCAGGUGCCUAUAGGUUGUUACAUGUCUUAUUACCUACCUGGUGAACAUCUGGGUGUGUCAUAUACAUUGUGUAUGUACUGUCAGGUGCCUAUAGGUUGUUACAUGUCUUAUUACCUACCUGGUGAACAUCUGGGUGUGUCAUAUACAUUGUGUAUGUACUGUCAGGUGCCUAUAGGUUGUUACAUGUCUUAUUACCUACCUGGUGAACAUCUGGGUGUGUCAUAUACAUUGUGUAUGUACUGUCAGGUGCCUAUAGGUUGUUACAUGUCUUAUUACCUACCUGGUGAACAUCUGGGUGUGUCAUAUACAUUGUGUAUGUACUGUCAGGUGCCUAUAGGUUGUUACAUGUCUUAUUACCUACCUGGUGAACAUCUGGGUGUGUCAUAUACAUUGUGUAUGUACUGUCAGGUGCCUAUAGGUUGUUACAUGUCUUAUUACCUACCUGGUGAACAUCUGGGUGUGUCAUAUACAUUGUGUAUGUACUGUCAGGUGCCUAUAGGUUGUUACAUGUCUUAUUACCUACCUGGUGAACAUCUGGGUGUGUCAUAUACAUUGUGUAUGUACUGUCAGGUGCCUAUAGGUUGUUACAUGUCUUAUUACCUACCUGGUGAACAUCUGGGUGUGUCAUAUACAUUGUGUAUGUACUGUCAGGUGCCUAUAGGUUGUUACAUGUCUUAUUACCUACCUGGUGAACAUCUGGGUGUGUCAUAUACAUUGUGUAUGUACUGUCAGGUGCCUAUAGGUUGUUACAUGUCUUAUUACCUACCUGGUGAACAUCUGGGUGUGUCAUAUACAUUGUGUAUGUACUGUCAGGUGCCUAUAGGUUGUUACAUGUCUUAUUACCUACCUGGUGAACAUCUGGGUGUGUCAUAUACAUUGUGUAUGUACUGUCAGGUGCCUAUAGGUUGUUACAUGUCUUAUUACCUACCUGGUGAACAUCUGGGUGUGUCAUAUACAUUGUGUAUGUACUGUCAGGUGCCUAUAGGUUGUUACAUGUCUUAUUACCUACCUGGUGAACAUCUGGGUGUGUCAUAUACAUUGUGUAUGUACUGUCAGGUGCCUAUAGGUUGUUACAUGUCUUAUUACCUACCUGGUGAACAUCUGGGUGUGUCAUAUACAUUGUGUAUGUACUGUCAGGUGCCUAUAGGUUGUUACAUGUCUUAUUACCUACCUGGUGAACAUCUGGGUGUGUCAUAUACAUUGUGUAUGUACUGUCAGGUGCCUAUAGGUUGUUACAUGUCUUAUUACCUACCUGGUGAACAUCUGGGUGUGUCAUAUACAUUGUGUAUGUACUGUCAGGUGCCUAUAGGUUGUUACAUGUCUUUCAGUAAAUCACAUCCUCUUUUCUAGUCUUAGCUCUG